AUUUCUAUUCUUUUGUCAAAAUGCUCGACCAGCGUGCUGCCGAAUGGAAUAGAGAUAACGCCUCCUCCCUGGUCCCGCCCGACAUUUUGCAGAAAGCUAAGCUCGACGCGUUGGCGUACUGUGUGCGGCGCAACUUCGGGGGAAUCUCGGCUGAAAUGGAGAAUAUGGCGCAGGCCCAGCUGCUCCAUCACCUAAAUCGCGGCACCGAGCCUGUUGCUGUUGAAGGUGCGGAGGCGGCAGAAAGCGGACAAGAGCAGCUGAGCCACGAACAUCUAGAUGGCCUUAAACUUGACGCGCUUCUGCAAGAUAACCUUCAACAGCCCGACCCUGACGGCAAACACCCAGUCCGCUACCCACUCAUUAUGCCUCGCGGCAAGACCACAGGCAGCUUGGGCGUGGUAAAUGUGUUGCAGGCGAAAGGCAUUCUCGAGAAAGAGGUAGCGAUCGUGUUUGGGAGUAGCUUUCCGGAAGAUGGGUCUCUUGCGUUCCUGAAUCGCUGCAUUGAUAAAGUCAAGCAUGGACUCGAAUCUGGCGAAGUGGUUGUGUUGGUAAACGCUGCGAAGAUUUACGAAGCGGUGUAUGACGCCCUUAACCAGUACUACACGGUAUUUGCCGGGCAAAAGUACGUCAACCUGGGCCUCGGUAACGACCACACGAAGGUGCAAGUGGCGAGCACAGCGAAGCUGGUUAUUUUGGAGCCAGAGCCGCACUUACUGGAUACCCCUCUGCUGAAUCGCAUGGAGAAGUACGGUCUCUCCCCCAAAGAUCUACUGACUCAUGAGGAGAACGAAGUUCUUCAAUCUGUCAGACUGAAGCUACGAGCUUUCAUCCCACAACACAUGGUGCUCGCACCGGAGAAGAUUGCGCACUUUUCUGCUGACGAGACAUUACCGCUGCUUGCCAUGGAGGAGUUGGUCACGCAGCGCAAUAAAAUGGCUCUCAUGAUGAAGGCGUCGACGACACGUUCUUUGAAAGACGCCGCUACAGAAAGCUCCAUCAGGCGACUGUUUGAAAACAUGUACCCCGAUACAGUCAUAGCAGUCCUGCAGCAGAGCUUUUGCCUUGCAAGUUCGCGUGCAAAAGAGUGGUGGCUGGUGCAUCAACAUCGAUCAGCAGGACAAGAACUGAAGAUGCAACAGAAGCCGAGCUUUGAACGAGAACUGUAUCGGACGUAUUUUGGUGACCCGGAAAAAGCGGAGGACACACGCACACUGGCGGAUCUCCUUCUUGCGCCCCUGGAAGAACACGCUUCGUCGCCUUCCUGGGUCAGCACUCACAGUGUCAUACUCGACUCUUCAAAGCGCCAACUCGGUGUAGCUGCCGCUUCUGCAACUGCAACGCCUACUCCUCUCGUGGGGACCGCGGCCAGGACCGGCGCGUCCGAGCACGGGACUGCUCCUGACCCCGGCCCGCCAACGCGCGUGAAUGUGCAGCGCGUUCAAAUAACAACCUUCUCCAGUGCCCUUAAUCCGAACUACGUGGGCAGUUUGAUGGGCCUGAAGCAACUACGAGUCGACUUGCGAAGUCUUCGAGAGGUGCGUGCGUCCGCUGAUCUAUCACAUAUUGUGUGGGUGUUUUUGCGAGAGUCCCACGAAAAGCACUAUAAAAGCCUUCGAAAAAAGCGCUCUACCCGUACGAGCAAGACCAGGCGCCACGUCCUUUUGCUGAAAGCGGACCCCGACACGGUGCACCUGAUCGAAUCCGCGCGACACGCCCUCGAGGCCGACCUCGAGCGCUUCUUCCAAGAGCACAGAGCAGAUGGUCCCGUUUCUGACGAGCCUGGCGCGGGCCGCACUGUGUUACCCUCGGACCGUGCUACCGCGGUCUUGCGAUCGGCUCCCAGUGCUGGCGCGGGUUUAGGGUUUGCGACCAGCGUGCCAGGAGGUAGGGCACACAGCACCGACUUCGCCGCUCCUUUCCUGUCCACUCCUGUUGGUCCACUCGUGAGCGCGCACGAGGAGCCGUUGGACAUAUCGAUCGUGUUCUUGGUCCAGCUAACGGGCGCUGUCGACAGCAACGCUACAGUGCCGUACGUAGUGCAGCCAAACGGAUGGCGCGUGGCUCAUCUUGACGAUGCUUCCGUCAGUGGUGAAGACGCCACAGGUGACGGCCAGAUUCUACCCAGUCUAAAGAAGCUCAUCCAGCUUCGCACUAUGUCGAAUGUCUUACGUGAAAGCAUCGUGGAUAGUGGUGAACCCAAAUUGUUGACGUCCCUACUGCAACGGGUCCUCCAUGGCGCGGUGGUCGAGAUGAGUGACCAAGCAGGAUUGCAGCGGAACACGGGGCAACAGACGGCCGCGCAGGCCGCGAGAGAUUCUCCUGCAUUCCUUCUGAACUCUUUGCUCAAGCUCGCAGAUAAAAACUCCGAGGUCGGCGCGACAUUCGCGAAGUUCGUUUUUAGCCAGGUCGCGACUCAGAACACCAGAAAAGACGACGAGAAAUCGUCUUGGUUGGUCGCCGCCGCAGAAAAGCGGACGAAAAAAAGGAAAACUGUCGUCGGAGGUAGUGGCAGCCUGCGGGCCGCUGUGAAUAUUACUACAACGACAUUUCACAACGACCUGGAAUCUUACUUCCUUGACGAGCUGGCAAAGCGCGUCGGGAGGCUAUUGGGCCAGCUCAAUCGCAAUGGGAACUUGUUGCUAAACAUCUCGUCCAUGGUUCGCGGCCAGGUGUCGAAUCCAGCAGAGCCUUUGAGUUCUCAGGGCGUCGUUGGCGGAGUCGCGCCUCCAUCUUCCGGCACCGCAGAGGCAGUUGGACCGUCUGCACUUUCGCCGGAGACCCAGGUGCAAAGUGACCGAAGAGCCCUAUUCUUCGCAUGCACCAAGCUGCUCCAGUGGGGAAAUUCGAACACGGCGCAGUCGAACGACAUCGCGGCAACUACAGCUGUGGAAUCGUUACGAUUUCCAUUUUUUGCACAUGUUUUUCAGCACCUCAGUGAUCAGUUCGAGACACUGGCUCGCCGGAACCUGAACGCAGGUCGCAGGAACGACAGCGAGGUUGCAAGCCUGUAUAGGUCUUUUCGAGCCAUAGUUUCGGAGCUGAAAGUUCCCAAGCUGCCCCUUUCCUCGCAGGGCGAUAUGCCGAUUAACGAGGAACUCGCAGUCGAUCUUUUCAUCGGCGACCUGACAGAAAUGAUCGUCGCGGGAGAACGCGACGUGCGGGAAGCUCUGCGACCUGUAGAAGAUAGGCAGGGGCUGCUGGGACAGUUGCUCAGAGGUGAAGCUAUUGCACUGAAUGAGCAUGGUGCUAAAACCAGCGAGAUCGGAGCAGGAGUAGGAGGAGAAGGAGGCAUAACCACCGGCGUCCGAGACAUCACGCUGCAGGAACUAGUUAUGAAGCUCGCGGAUCAUGUAUUUGUGUACCGUCUCUUCCUUGAUGACUUGCGCGCAAUCGCAAUGUACCUCGGAUUCCUUCGUGUCACCGUAGGUGAACAGGUGAACUUGUUGAACGACCCAGAACCGCAACAGGCCGGAGUGGUGGGCGAGAAGGGAGCAAAAGGGCAAAAACAAAAAGAAGCUUUGGCGGGGCGCCACCGACCGCAACAAAAACCCCAAGCCGCAGCAUCACCUCGCGACCAUGGCCAGACCGAUCCCCGCGACCGCCUCAAGGCCUGGCGAAAGGAGCUCGCCAGCCGUGUGUUGCGGAACCUUAUGAAGGCGGACGCUAAGCAAGAUCCUGCGUGGCGCGACCGCACUCGAGACUCGCUAGUCCUGCAUCCCCUCAGCAUAGCCCACGAUCACAUCGCGAUCGCCGCGAUUGUGUCGAUUGUCCCAACCGGUUCCGCGUCCUCCGCACAAAAUGCUCAGCCUGAUAUGAAUGCCUUGAUGAGCGCCUAUCCCCACCGUUUUGAGGAGCUGUUGGCAUUCCAUACAACCCGCAUGGAGCAGCUAUUCAAACUUCUUAGCAAGGACUUGCUUCCCGUUGGCGAUGGCGGGAAUGUUCAUACCCCCAGAGCACUAAAGUCGGAAUCGAUGCACCCGACGCGGCAACGGACAAUGUCGACGACCGGCAAGAACGACGAUGCCCAACCGUUGGGGGUGAUGAUGCGGAAAUUCGAGUUCUGGUUGCAAUUUCAUCUGUGGGCGUUUCUCCCCGGCCUGCGCGCCGCUGUUCCCCCGCAGACAAUCUUGGGCAGCGAGGACAAUGCAACUUCCGCCGAAAAGGAAGCAGAGUUGGAGCUUAGUAAGUGGGCUGUGUUUCUGCACACAACCACCCACGCUCAGCGGACGCAGGCAUCCUCCACAGGCGCGAACGCAGGACGCGACGCGGCUACAUUGUCUCGCGUGCUCAAAGGAUAUGAUACAAAUGGAGUGCUCAUUAUGCUUGGCCCCAUGCUCACCCUCGCCAUCAAAUUCUGAUGCUUACUUAAACACUUACUUAUCGUGCAAUUCGCGAGGCUCUCGGUCGGGUAGAAGUGGAGCAGAUGCUUGAUAUGUUGUAAGCUCGGGACAGUUCUAACUGGAUGCAAACAGAGUAUCAGUUUUCUAUGAAGCCCAGCUUCCUGGCUGAAAAGUUCUGGUGCCAGCUGUCAUGCAAAAUGGAGGCUGGACCUUCACCUUCCCGAGUGGCGAUUUCCACGUAGUGGUUGUUUUCAUUUUAUUCGAAGUUGUAACUCGGCUCUCAUUAAGCAGGCACAGAGCUAAUAGGCGUGCUCAUUUCAAAUUAGGUGAGGGCAGCAUGGCGUUUUUUGAACAGGAUAUUGAUCGAUAUGGAAAGUGACCCAAAAGUUGUUGUCCGGCUUUUCACGACGUUAGCCGAUGUUGCCCUACACAACGCGCAUGACAGCCGUGAAAGUGGCAAGGCGCAGGUGAAGGAGACGGUCUUUCCGCCCAGCAUCUUGCGAGAGUUCUUUGCUCGCUUGUUGUCCCUCGGCGAGAAAUCUCGCCCGCUGCUUGAAUAUUUGGUAAAGAACCCCAAAGCUGUGUGCAUGCUUCUUGAACGGAUGGAAGACGAGGAAAGCGGUUCCCUCAUGCGUUUGCUGACCGCGAAAAUCUUUCUCGAAGGUCUGCACGAUAGUACUGUACGACGCACUCGCAAACCAAACGGCUCGGAUAAUUCACAACAAUGUUUCGGGUCAGCUAGUCGAAUAAGAUGGGACGCCGAAGAGAGCGAAGAGAGCGACGGGACCAGCAGCGACAGCGAUAUGGACGAAACGAUCCACGACGUUUCCGCAUUCGAGUACUUCGUGAAAAAGCUGCUCGAGCUUCUCAAAGCCGGGCAGACACGACUUGACAAUAGUCUGCAACAACAAAGUGGACCGCGUAACCCGCGGCUCUUCAGUAAGUUUGUGCAAAGCGCCGUCUAUCGAUUCAAAUACCGCAACCGCGCCCAUUCUGGAUGGGGAUAUAGUAUGAGUGAAUGUUUACAGGAAAUUCUUGGCGCCACUGACUCAAGAAACACAUUUAUGUCCUCGUGAAAAAAAAGCCAUUUGCGCACCGCCAAAAGAUAUGAAUGCAUGGGCACCGAAAGCAAACAGUUUGGGUUUGCUCUUGACAGGCCUUUUUUGUGCCGCUAAUCUCUAUUUAACUGCAACGCAGCACAUUUUCCCAAAUGUUGAAUGGGUGCUCUUUUCCAUUUGAUACAGCUUCAGAGGCGUACGAGCAGGAGUAUGCGGCGCAAAACGCAUACCUGAGAGAAAAUGGCUAGCAUAGGCACUGUAUCCGUGACCAUGGAUGUACAACAAUACAACGAGCACCACACUUCGACAGAAAUGUGCCUGCAUAGGCUCAUCAACUACACUUAUUUCUAAUGGCCGAUGCCGCUGCGUAUGCAAUCUUGUAUAUACAGGUCUACUGUGCUAGCUCUUUUCUCAGUGAUAAGCGCCACCUCCUGCGGCCCACGAGGCACGACAAUUCAUCCAACAGCCUUGCGGUGCACCUAACGAACAUUCAAACCGCGCUAGCCCAACUAAACGAGCAGGUCACACACAUUCCCUCAAGCCAGGUUCUCAAAUUCCAGGCGCAAUUGCACCAAGGAUCGCUUGCAGUAGCGGAGGAGCUUUUGCAACAGAAGCUGGACUCUAACCUGAGCGCCUUGCCAUCUGCUUCCGAGAAUGGGGAGCAAAGUUUUUUGGCUGACGAGGCCCGUCAGCUCUGGCAGGAUCGCACGUACGGACGGGCCCUGCAGGGGCGCAUUCUCCGCCUGAUUCGAGAAAAAAGCGACCUCAGUUUUUUGGUAAAUUUACUGCAAAGGAAUGACUGGCUUGCAGUGGGAGUACUAGACGAACGAAACAAAAAUGGCGCUACUGCUGCUGCUGUGGUGCCGGAUGUGUUUGGGGGAAUUUUUCAUGUAGCAGCGGACACAGCAUGCCCGGCCGAAAACGUAAACUAUGGCGCACAGCCAACCGGACCUAGCAGUUCGCGGUUGUCCAGUCAACAAGCGACGGGCGCCUCUUCUGAUGAAAAUUUCGCCAACACAGCCUAUGUCAGCAUGAAUGUGCUUUGGACAGCUUUGGAUGCUGCGCUUUCCGAGGACAACGAGAUUGAACUAUUGCCAUGGCUUCAGAAGGCCAUGGAACCCGAAAUCAGGAAAGAGACGAUCUCGGAGCAGGACCAGCCCUUCUGGCGUGCUGUCCGCUUUGCGGCGGUGCAACGAUACGUAUUUCAUCACAAUGUGAGCCCAAGCCCAACGGUGCUCGACAAGAUCUGGGAAAUCAUCAAACGCUCCGCUGAAAAGGAAAAACUUGACAUCUCAUCUGGAUUGCGCCGUGUGCUGAACUACUGCCGAAGCUGGGCCCAGGGUAUCAUGAGUAAAAGCCCCCCGCCGUCCCCAUGGGCAUGUUGCUCAAAGGAAGCUGGCUCGCACCUGAACAUGUGCACAAAAUCGAGUUGACUUGUCUUCCAAGACGUUCAAGUACUUAUCAGGCAUUUUUCACUUCCAAGCGAGGGCGACCCGUCGUACUAUUCUGUUAUCGUGCAGAUCUUGUAGGCGAGUGGUGGCUGCAGUGCCAAGGACUACUCAGCACGCGUCUGUUGAAUUGCCAUGGUUCUUCUGUGACCGACUGUAUGUAGCGCUAGCCAUGCUCAGAAUUAUGCCGACAAUUUUUCUUCUCUGUUCCAGGGCGGGGGAGGUUUUUUUAGUGUGAUACAGUGCGAAAUCACGUUCCCGCCAGAUGACGGCGUUGACGCCGACGGUCUACAGGAGCAAGUUGCGCAAUCUGGUUCAACAGGUGGGGUUGCGACGCAACGUCACCUGGUUGAUCACAAGUCUCAUAUCACAUAGAAAAGCAAACCCUACCGGCAAAAAGAGCUGCCUCGAUCAAUUGCGUUUUCGAUACUAGAUAUGUUUUGCAUUGAGUGCCCUGCUGUAGUAGCGCAACGCUGACAAAUCGGGACGUAUUUUCUGUCAUGUUAAACGAACACUGCUGAAAUUCGGACUAGCAGUCGGCAAUGCAAAAAUCCACAAGAAAUAUCUGUAGAGCUGUGCCCGAAGAGCGGUCUGGAAUGCACGAGCCGCUAGCACGUCGCUAAGACAGCAAAAAGCAUGCGGCUUCGGAGUCCGCGUGACCCGCUAAUUGCAGAAGGUGGCUGCGGGUUGCGAAAGGAAAGAGCGGGUCGCUUCGUAUUUCUGUUCGGCCUGAACAAAAUGUACUGGAUCUGAUCUGACGAGUUUGCUUUUCUCUGCGAUACUUUCCGCACGAGGAUCAGCAGCGCAAGUGGAAGGGACGCAUCUUGACGGGGAUGCCGACGACCGGCUUGCUGCGAUCUCGUUCGUGCUGCGUUUGGCGAUGGUUCACCUGCUUCCACAGAUGGAUGCUAUUACUACCGACCACGAAAUAUCUCUGCUGCACGCCCUGAGCCCCACGAAACUUACGAAUUACGACAAUCUCUGGCUGCCUGGAAUGUCUGGCUCCGAGGAUAUCGCAGCGGAGGUGUACACGGUGCAUCAGUCUCAGGUCGAAACAAAGUCGAGGCAUUAUCGCGGUGACGGAAGGUCUCAAAUCGAACGAAUUACUUCAAUUGUCCGCCACAGAGCCUGCAGGAGGUUCAUACAUGUCGGUGCUUGUGGUGGUUUAGGGAAUGACGAUGGGCGCCUUUGCACUGUUUGUGGCGGAAGGAUUGGCGGAGGUCACGGAGAAAUGACGGAUGCACAUGGCAACGAGUUGCCCGCUGACGACCCCAGAAAGAUCGGCACCUUGAGCAACGAGUUGGUGUACGGAACAGCGUACUUCAUCGACGUCAGGGGCAUUGGAGAAUCACGCGGGUCGAGUUUGGACGCGCUAAGGGAGGAAGGCCCCACGGGAGACGUGUUGGCAGACAAUGAUGGGAUAUUUGAUAGAGCGGCUAUUAGUUGGCAGCGCCAUUCAUCGCGGGCCCGGCGAAGUUUACCGGAAGACCGACGCGAGAGCGCGCUGAAAGAGAACGACUUCACGCCCGAAGAAGACCUGACUCGGCCGGAAACUGUGGCUCGCAGAGACUACAGCUACUCCCGUCUGUACUCUUGGGGGCCCCGGCGCGACGUAGGGCGUACGGAGCGGCAGCUACUCUUGGCGCUCGUGCACGCAAGCCGUGUGCUUACGGACAUCGUUAUUGGACCAGGUAGAAGCUCCGCGGAAUCUGGAAGUCUAUCUGCGCCAGCUGGAUCAAGCGGCGGUGACGCUCGUGCCUUUGGUCACAGUGCCGCAGUAGAUGAGCUGACUCAUCUCUCUGCUGCGAGUGAGGAUCUGCUGCUCGACGUGCGAUUUUUCCGGGAUCGGUUGCGCAGCGAAGACGGGGUAGAUCUGACGGCCCUUGGUAUAGCCGCGGUGUUUCAGCACGUUGCCAGUAAUAUCGAGAAGGCAGUGGACCUACGGGAUGUCGUCCGCCUUGACAAUGAGGCAAAGGCAGAGAUCGGCGCGACGUGGAACAACGACCCGAACGACCCCAAGAUUGCCUCAGUGUAUGAGAACCCCAGUCUGGCAACCAAUAAGCCUGAGGUGCGCACGAGCUCCGUCGCAGACUACCUUCCGUAUUUUCAAAGUUUCACUACAACGAAGCACCGGAGGUAUUGGGAGCGCGAGGCCCUUCGCCGCGUCGUGCGCCCAGUGCUUCCCGACUGCCCGGACGCGCAAAAGGCGAUGCUGAAGCCGUUCCAUGACGCAGCGACCAAGAUCUUGAAGGUGCAAGGACCUCCAAAACGGGCCCACCAAUGGUUGGAGGAGAACAAAAAGGCGGAGGGCGAAGCGUUUCAGGACUGGCCCGACCCGGCAGAAAGCGAGCAGAAAAUCGAGAGCCGUUUGGCAAGGGGUUUCGAAAUCGAAAACAUUGUUCGGGCGCGCCUUGAGGCUACUAGAAAUCGCCAUCUCUCGGACAGUACUGUAAAGCAGGUUGCACCUCUGAAAAUUUUUGGCACUUUAUUUGGGUCCUUCUCCAGUAACGCGACAAACUGGCGCAUGCAGCUCUUCAGAGCGCUGAAUGGACCCACUUUAAUCUUCCCGGCACUUCGCCUGUGGUCACAUCUAACCCAAUGCCUCGAGGCAAGCCGCUACUCCCCACGCAAAGCAUUUGGUGCUGUGCUCGAUGAUCUAGCUUCGCAAGGUCCCGAGAGAAACGGCGGCUUUACGGCUACGGACUUGCGCGCGGGAAAGAUCGCUGCCGCAUGUUUGAUCCAGCUCGCCGCCGACAAGAACGCACUUCCAGCGUUAGAGGGCGACAGCAAUACGACUUGCGUCGACUUUCUUCGCGUUUCAGGAGCGGGCGUUGAACCACGGAGCCGCUAUCUCAACAAGGUCUGGAGUCAAACCCUGCAGGAGCUGUUUGGGUUAGGUGGCAAAAUGGAAAAGGCGUUUCAAGAGGUGGUAAAUUUACAAAAUGAGUUGCUGGUCCAUGCUCGCCAGUCCGGCUACAUUUCCCCUGAAUCUUGGCGCAGCAAGCGACCACGUCCAUUGCAGUCUCUUUCUGCAGCAGACGGUGAUGGAGAAGUGUUUGGGACGCGCGACAGCUACAGGUUUUGGGAUGAGCUCGUUGCGCACGCCAACUUACACAAAACUGGGGUAGGCCGUGUGACAUUGAAUCAGGACGAGAACAAAGACGCCGAGCUUGUUGAGAGGUUGGAGCGCACUUUCUACGCUUUAUACUUGGCUGACCGGGGGUUGCUUGCAUUCCGCGAGGACGAAAACGGGACCCAUGAUGUCCAAGGCGGCGCCACGAGCGAAGGUGGCUGGCAAGUUGAAGGAAUGGACGUGGCAGCACCCUCUCCCAGUGGCGCGAUGGGCCCGAAUGCCGGGACCGACGAUUACCCCGAACUCAGGCAGCGUCUUCUCUUUGAUUUUUACGACGUGCCCGGCCCGCUCAAGUUGAUCAACGAGUUUUGCAAGGAGAUGCUGACUGCGCCCACCGGGGAAGUUCCGGACCUGACAAUCCCGCUGAAGGAUAUGGGCAUCAUCUCCCGGCUCUUGCAGAAGCAGUUCCUGCACGAACAUAGUCAGCGCGUAGCAGAAGCGGUUUCCGCGCAGAGUCACGCACUGUUCGAAACAAGCGCGAGGAACAGGGAAGAUCGCAUGUCGCAAGUCUCUGACUGGAUUGCGCAGACGCAGCAACAGCCUGCCGGCGCCACAGAUGAAACGGCUCAUGCUCCCGAUGCCGAUCCUGUCGCAUCGCCGCGUGGCAUUGCCCGGGGGUUGCGCUCUCGUGCCGAUGGGCCCGUAAGAGAAAACGCGCGCACUUCCGAAUUGGAAAGCGCGUGCUUCACGUCACCUGCAGUUUCGGAGUGGAAACGGUAUGCAACAACGCAGCUGCAGGAGUAUUUCAAGGCGACCUUGCAACUACAGCUGACCUCCGCCAGUCUGCUAAAGUAUUUUGAGGAUGGCAAGAAAAAAUGGAAUCAGAAAAUCACGGCAAGCCAAAUAUUCAUGUUGGAACGGUGGCUGCGCAUCAAAAAUCACAACACUGCCCGGACCUUUUUGCCUAGUUUUUUUUGGGCCGCGUUGCACGAGGAAUGGAAGACGGAGGACCCGGAAUUACCGGGCCAGGGUGCAGAUCAGGACCCGGAAGAGCGAGAAGCGAAGGUGAAAGAAAAGCUUCAGCACUACUACCACCAUUACCCGAGUCAUUUUUUUGAAAAAGCCUCGGGGCAGCAAUAUCUCGCCCGCGCCGCGGCAAGUUUCCUGCCGGAGCAGCACCGCCUGAAGUCACGAGCGGCAGGGAGAGCGUAUGAGAGUGGUCCAGGGUGGGAAAUAUUCAUGAAAGCGAGUAGAUGAGCAUACCACAAUGAGCAUGAUUUUUGACACUGUGCGUUAGCGUGAGUGUGUUAUUUCCGACCCAUCGACUGCUCUUUAUGGUAUUCUUCAUUCGUGAUCAUGCCGACGACGCACGUGCAGACUUCUUCACUAAGAUGACUGCUCAGACUUCGACUUUUGAUUUUGCAUCGCACACUAAUCAUUUCGGAAAGUACUUCCCAUCGCCUGAUAUGGCCUGCAUACUGAAGAAUACGAAUGCAUCUUGCAGAUCUGGCGCGGGCUGACACACGAGGCUGAACGCAACCCACCGGGGAUCUCAAACUCCUCCCAGAAGACAAGCAAAUUCCGUUAUGAACAGGCAGUCUCGGAACGCCGCAAAUACACGAAGAUGUUGAGGGACGGCAGUUCGGGUUCGGAUUCCGAAAGUGUCGAUGUCUCCUGCCUUUCGGAAGAAAACAAAGGCUGUGCACCCGACGACCCGGGCGAUAAGGCGCCCGAAAGUCCUGUAAUCUCUCCCGAGGAAGAGGGACGCUUGCCAGUUUCGCAGUACGUCUUUCGCCGUUGUGAGUCGCUCGGCUUGGAUGAGCGUAAGUUCGUUUGGGAAACAGCGAAGCGUGUCUUGGAGUCUGGCCGAGCUCAGCAAAUCACUUUGGCGCUGCACCACCUCGCCCAACAUUGGGUCGCGCACGAGACCCGCGUUGGCGAGAUCCCGAAAAAAGAUUUGAUACGACCAAAUAAUCGCUUCUUUGAACUGCGCGAUCUUUUUGUGCAGUAUUUCGCACUAGAGAAGGGACCUGAAGUCCUGGAAUACGCGGACGCGCUUUUUUUUCAGACCACUGGCCGAUCUGCGCAAGACGCCGAGCAGAGCGUGCGAAGCGCUCUCGGACGCAUCACCACUACUGCAAGCAAUCGACCCCCCAUUUCCAUACUCAAAAGAAUUUGCUAGAUCAUAAAUCGUGUAAGUAGCUCGGCUCAGUACUCCUCAGACUUGAUGCGUCCUUUCCUUAUAGACACUGCCUCGCACGAUAACUGUGGUGGGUAGGGCAGCUUUGUUGUGUCAUACUUAGUUGAAAAGGCGAAUUCUUGCGGCUUACUUGCUAAUUUGUUGCCACCGCGCUCGUUCUCCCCCUGCAAGGUAGGGCUCUCGGACACAAAGAGGUCACUUGCAUGCACAGGUCAUGAUCGGAAGCAUCCCGGUUGCGAAAAAACCAUGGAACGAACGCCACGCAAAUUUUUCUAUAAGUAGUACUUAUGGGGCGGGUUUUUUCUUUCGCUUGAUACACUCCGAGCUCUCACUGUGCCUGCUGGAGGAGCUUGUCCACAUUUUCGAAAAGGCCGAUGAUGGAAAGACUUCCGUGGCUCGCCAGCAGAUGGAGAUCAACUACAGCCGGGCUCGCGAGCAGCAAGAAAAAGCCAACGACCCAACACCAGUGGUCGAACUCGGGCGUCAGCAAUGUGAAACAGACCCUCCUAAUUCGUUUGAGGGCAGCAGUCAAGGUGUCUCUGUAGCAGAAACAAGUGCUGGCGUGGCGAGCGAUGAAGAAGCAGAGGUGGUGGGCCAACAAGAGGCGGCACAGCAGGAAAACAUCGGCGAUCAGGGCGGCGACGCGGGGGUUAUGUUCCAAGCCUCUGCUGCCCGUGGCGUGCGACACCCAGCUGCGUGCUAUUCGCUGUCUUCCGGUGCAAGUUCAGUCGGCGGAGACGAGGACAUGGGCGUCACGAUGGACGAAUAUCAGUUACCGCGAAGCCAGGACGCCACGGGGGGCGCCCCGCGGCGAUUCUUCUCGCCGACAGUAGAGGAAUCGCACGAAGCUUCUAUCGCUGAUUUUGACGCCAGAAAAAUAACGCCAACAAGGGCGGAGAGGCGAAGUGCGGUCCAGCAGAAGCCAGAGGUGUCGGGCGAUGCCGUAAACCCAGGAACUAGUACAAGAACAAAGAUCAGCGGAGCAGUGCAAACGGGCCAAUAUGGGGUAAGAUAUCGGAACGAUUUCGAGGUAACGCAUGAACCUCUCUUGCUGCCCGAGAAUAGUUUGGACGACGCCGUUCCUGCAGCACUGGUUGGAGUCCCGAACGCAGGUUCACUCUAUCAGUAUGUCGCUGCGCCCGCACAAGCACCUACCUCAAAUCCACUGCACACUUUGCAGGACCACAGCGAACGCGCCAGCAUCUUCAAAAGUGUACUCAUACGAUGGAAGAAAGCUUGGGGACUUACGGAGGCAAGCGACCUGUCCUCUGCCUUGCCUCAGCCGUUGCGCGCUGUGCUGGACACCGUGCUCGAGGCCAUUGUCGACGCGCACGCAGAAGACGGACAGUCAGCGAAAUUCUUUGAGAUAGAUGAAACCACUGAGAGGACGGACGAGAGUCUACGUUUAGUUUACGCCAGUGCAAGCGAAGCAUAUACAAAAGCCGCCUUCCGACAGGAGAUGCGGGCCGCAGAAGUAAUUCAUGCCUUGGCUGUGCAUCCAGCUGGGCACGUAGACGUGUCCAAGCCUGAACUAAAUAUGGAUGAGCUGUGUGACAAGGCUGCGAAGGAGUUGUGGGGCAAUAUCUUCGCCAGUCGCGGCUCCAGUGGAGAAUCCCAUGAACAACUCCCAGAACUUCUUCGCAGAAGCCAUCCCGGCUUCGUUGCGGAAUUCCAGCAAAAGAUGCUAGAAAUGACGAGGGCACCUAGAACGCGGAAAAUGCUGGAUACAUUUGCAGCCGUGCUUUAUUCCCAGGCUCUAAACACCAAGUUUUUCAAAGACAAGAUGCAGGGAGGAGAGGAGUUUGAGAAUGGCGGGGCAAAUCUCAUCAAGUCCAUGGAUACACUGGGACAGUACCUACACUACAAGGUUAUCACGAAGCCGAAGCGCCAUUCACAGGAUUUGAGAAAUGCUUUCAAUGCGCUAUUCGCUGAGGCCGAAGACGAGCCUGGGCCACUGUUCGAGCUGGAAAAAGUGGCGAAAAGCCAUUUUGCAGAUGUGUUGCCACCUCCUCGAGGCGCUGCCGACCCUCAUGAGGCGGGCGGGAGUGAUAUUUACCUGCGCCCCGAGCAGCCCGAAGAAGGCGGAGAGACUACUGAUUUUAUCCGACAAGGGAAGUGGUGGAUAUUUGCUACCCGCAUCGCGUGGGCGAUGCGACUGCGAAAGUAUCCGAGCAAAUUAGCUUGGAGCCGCUUUCUCCAGAGUGAGGAAGGAGCUGGCGCCGAAAUGCAAAUGGUUGAUCUUUCUAGGAUCACGCUCGAUUUAUACCAGCGCAGCUUGGCGAGCACGUCGGACCGCGGAUUUUUGGCGCGACACCGUGUGGCAUCAGCGACUCAUUUGAAGCUGGUCAAGCUUCUGUGCAUCUUGCCGACAGGAUAUGUGUUCGGGCCGGUUCACCCAGCCAGUGUUGCAGAAAAGAGUUCAUCUGGGCUCGCUUCGAUGCCGCAGUUUCCGGAGACGCACACAGCAGACGCCGUGGAGAACCUUGAAGGCCUUGCGAGACAUUUAAGGGAUACGCGACUCGGGCUAGCGCCCAUCGUCUUGGCGAUCGUCGAACAGAAAUCGGGCGAUGCGGUGAACAGGACCAUCGCGGGGUAUCUCCAGGUGACAAAGAUACAGAAACUAGACCGAGUGCUGGUGCCUGCUACUUCCGAGGAGGAAGCCGAAUCGGAGACCGACUCCGUUCCUCCGCAGCGCGGUGCGGUAACGAGAAUGUCUGCAUCUUCCAAGGAGGAAGCCGAGUCGGAUGCCGAGUCGGAGACCGACUCCGUUCCUCCGCAGCGCCGCGCGGUGCCGAGAAUGCCUGCAUCUUGCGAGGAGGGUAAGGGCCCCGAGUCGGACAGCAACGGCGUUGUGCCUCCGGGAGAAGGGCUGGACACUGAGUCAGCAAUGUUGGCUGCCAAGAUGCGGACGCUUUCCCUCGUCUCUGAAACAGGAGUUGGAGACCCGGAAAAUUUUGCUUCUGGUGGAUGUGGAUCUGUUGCGCUGGGAGGCGGUCGCCAAGUGCCUCCAACCUGCACUGGGGGCGCGGAAAAUGCUCUGUGGGGUGCCAACAACUCGUCGAGAGCUAAUGAAGAGCAAUCCGCGGGGCACCACACUGAGCCUGGCCAUCCCACAGGAGAUAACACCACGGACGAUGUGGAUAUGUCAGGUCCAAAGUUUGACGGCGGCGGCGACAGCGCGCCAGCGCCGGAAGAUUCAAGCAGUGUUCAAGCGAUUUUAGACGAGGAGCGGAAACGGGACAUAGCGAUACACCCGGAGCGCCUCAAGCCAAAUGCAAAUUGGUCUACGUUGUUUGCAUCCAUUGGCGAUCAUAGCCGCCAAGAACCACUGCUGGAGUACAGGGUCGUUCUACAGCCCGACGGGCUUGGAAGAGAGAAAACGGGCCAUCGCGCUAGCAAUGGCCGUGGCGAAGAAUUGAUGUAUUCAGAGACUGAGUUGCAGUGGCUGUUUGCUGGAGCGGUUGGAACUUUCGUCGACAGUUACAUAGCGGAGCACGAACUGGAAGAAGACCACGCGCAGAAGUUGAAACAGCACCAGUCUCAGAUACAAAAUGAGUCGAAAGAGCAAUUGCUCAAUCUCUCCCAGAGCUCUUCGCGGGUUCCCUUUCUGUACAAUUAUCAAGCGCCGCUGCUGGAAGCGGAGCCGCCUCGUUGGCUGGAGCAGUACGGACAGGAAGGAGCAGCUGCGUUUUUGGAAUUUCGAGCUACGCCUCGGACGGCGCGGCGCGAUCCUAACGCUAAGCAGGAACACCAACAGCCCGCAGGUGCGUCCGAACCGUCCGCACCACAGCCAGCUUCUCCGAGUAACAGUGGCAACGAAAACGGCGCGGCUCUCGCCGCGUUACAUUCUGAUUUUUACCGGUACCUUGACUCUAAGGAGGGCAAGAUACUGAAGACAGAAGGAGAGUGCGGAAGGAUGUCUGCAGACGAGGCGAUUAUAGAUCCCCAGUCUCAGAUCAUAUCCUCAACAAAAACGUCUCUACCCCAUUGCCAAGAUCGUAAAUCUGGUUUGGCUGUUGCGCAUGACAAAUUUGCGCUCCCAGUGGAGUUAUGUCUCUGUUUACCACGACAAAUAUGGGAGUGGUGUCUCGGUGUCCCCCUGACCGACCUGUCCAGCGUGACAGGCAUCUGUGGCCGUUUGUACAGGGGGACGCAAGGUGCGGCGCACUUCUGUUUACUAGCAUGACAAAUUAUAGGUAUGGGGUGGAGACGUUUUGACUCAGGAUAGACCGGAGAUGAGAUUCAGUGGUAUUGGCUGGACACGGACUCAUAUGGAGGAAAGCAAAGUGUGGCUAGUUGUAUCACUUUUUUGGGAGGCGAGCAUUGCAAAUCUCUCAUGCACAGAUAAUCGGCAUGGGAAAACGCAUAUGAAUGUCCAACGACGCUUAGCAAGAAUGACAGGCGCAACCCCCUUGCAUGUUUCGCAUCACAGACCUACACUAGCACGCACGCUUUGGCUCUUGCAUAACUCCACGAAUAACACUUGCGGAAUGAACUCCUUGCUUGCUUUGGAAGAGGAGAACCGCCCUCGCAUAGAUUAUGCGGGUCAACUAGUAAUGAAGCUGAAGAUCGAAAACGAAAAUCCCAGGGAGCGCUUCGCCCGAAAGAUUCGAACGCUGUGCCGCGGUGAUGAGGCGAACUUGGCGAGACGCAUCCGUGAGAUCUUUGACGAACACUCGACCCUUGUGGCCACUGCUCAUCCAGCAGAAUACCGCGGGCAGAACGAUGUGGCGGCCCUGCAAACUUUCAGCCGCGACUUUCAGGUCGCGGAAAGAGUUGAGCAGACACUCUGGCAAAUUGUUGACGACUACCACAAGAACCACGAGAGGCAGGGCCACAACAUUAGAAUCAAACUCCUGGAAUACGACUCUGUGGCAACAGGAUGGCUCACCUCAAAAGAGAAUGCCCUUCUACGAGAUGGGCACGCGAAUAUUGUACAGCUGCGCGACAUCAUCGAAGACCACUUGCUCGACGCGAAGAACAGCUUCGCCUGGAACGGCGCAAAGUGUCACUGGAAUUCGCUGCGCGGAUUCAUCGAGGAGUGGGCGUAUCACAAAGAAAAGCAUGGCCAUAACUGAUCUCUGAUCGAACAGGCCGCGCCUGGAAUGACCGGCAACAACAAAAGCAAGGAGUUCCACUUCAGCAUGCCGAUUUUCCAGCAUUCCCCCUAGUCGUGAUGUUUAUUUCAAAUUACAACGUGACGCUCUCUUAGUCUCAGCAAGGCUUCGACGCGGUUUUUUUAAUUCUGAGAAUAGGACUUUUGUCUGCGUUUUGCAAAACAGAUCGAUGAGUAUUCCUAUUUCAGAAUCAUGCAGCGCGAAAAAUAGUGAGCCUAUAGCAGCACAAUCCAAAUAUGAUGGAGCAUGAUAUAGCUUAGCUUGCUGUUCGUUUUCUUUGUGAUGACGCUGAGGGAGCCGCGGAGAAGUUAGUUUCGAAACAGGUUGCGGAUCUAUUAUGGGAAAACUAUCCACCGCGUUCCGACAGAGAAGAGCUGUGGAAGGAGUAUUUCUUGGAAAAUUUCGAUCACUUUGUUGAUCAAAACGGCAAUGCGGAUGUGGGACGAGCGCCGCCACUGUUCGCGCGGGUCUGGGAUGGUGUAGAUAAAGGUUUGCUUUUGUCGACGUCGCUUGCGGAACUUUUUCCGAGGGACUCUUUGAAGAGAAGACUAGUAGACCGGCAGAGCCGGCCGCUACUGGAAUCAAUAGCCCUGCUUGUGCUGUGGCAAGCGCGUUUCCAGUCGUUUGUCGGCAAGAUGAAGACGUCUGCGUUUCAAGUUCAUCGCCGCCUAUUCGCAAAUCCGGAUGGUGACGCGGGUGAAGACCUGUUCACCCUGACGCUGAAGCAGUACCUCAGCUACGUCACGAUGCCUGGAGCGGCUUUUCCGCACCUGAAAGACGAGCUGCAGUUGCCUGCUUAUGUUGCGAUUUUGAUGGGGCAGCACGAUUUGGCCGCGGUGUUUGACGCAGACCAAGAGCGAGCGGAGAAGCGCGGCGUUGUUGUGCACCAGGAAAAUGUCCGCGAGGCCAUGGCGAAGUGGCGCUAUGCGACGACCUUUGGGGUCAGGCUAUCGAUAGCAAACAUGUCCCGUGGUUUGGAAGAUGCUCGGAUACUUUUGAUGCCGAGGCAUUUUUUUCCUACAGAAGUGCUGUUGAGUCUAGCUGAUCCAAAUUUAGCACGCAGCGAAGAAUACUUUACUCAUCAUGAAGGCACUUCAGCAUUUGCAUUGUACUCCCACAGUGAUCGCGCGCUUGCUAAAAAGGUCUCGUGCAUGACACAAUUCCGCCUGCCUACUUGAGAUUAUCAUACACUUAGCAUCUUUCCGCUGCAAUUCACAAGGACGUGUUUGCAGCCCAUACUCAUUCGCGCGGAACGAGGCGAGCAGGUACAGCGAGGAAGAACAGCGAGUGAUGGUUGACCAGCUGAACCACUGGAAGAAGGAAGUGUACGAAACUUUUGCUGGAUGGAGGGAGUUGCAGCAUGCACUGAAAACAAGUGACAUGCACCUCGUAGGUGUGGCGGACUGGAACCACUUCCGGAGUUUUGUGCUGCAGUAAACGCCAGUCAGUAGAAAUGGCGCUAGCAUCUAGCCGACUUUUGCUUCUUGCGCAGCUCAUGUGCUCAGCCAGGUGCGUGAAGAAAGCGUAGUCAUGGUGAUGAAGAGGCUUAAAAUAACGAUACUGGAAUUUUUUGAAAAGCUACGUAUCGGGGUCGUGCAUUUUUUUGAUGCUCAUUUAUUCUUUAGCUGCACAGAACUGCCUCCCUCCAGUCGGUUUUUUGUGUAGCUUGUCGUAUGAAGGUCGCUCCAGAAGACUGCGCUAGGGGGCUGCGUCUUUUUUAUGAGUACCGCGCUAGGACCGGAAUUCCACUGAAACUGGGCUGUGCACAAGCAUCUCUCGAACUCCUAGACGGAGAGUGAAGUGGUUAUCAGAUCCGGGGCUUUAGAAAUUUGGUUUUUUGGAUAGUUUUUCUGUAAAGAAGAAAACGAUUGAGAAGUCCGGAGAACUACUUACCUUUAUUGUACAAUUUCCACCAUCGUUAAUCUACAUGAAUAUAAAGAUCCACUUUGCUAGAAAGAAAACACAACCGGCCGACUUUCGUAUAAAGUACAAACUACUUCUGAUGGAGUUUUUUCGGCUUUAUGAGCUUGGCCGAGCGAUUGGAGCACACACUUCGGCAUUUAGUUUCAGAUACAUGCAUUAUAGAAUCAUACAAGAAUAAGUAGGCGCCUUUCCCACUUAUUUGCCAUGACUUUAUCGACAGCGUUGACAUCGAUAAUCAAAAUCAUGACGGCGCCAGUUUCAGGCGUGUUUGCAGGCAUGGGAAGCAGCUUUCAAAUCUGUUUCUGAGGAUAGGUAGGAGGCACGUCGGUGUCGCCUCUACCUUUUUUAUGUUUCCGUGGUAACGCUUGAUCUAAUUGCAUUCACAGAAAGACAAGAACUUGCACAGAGACUCUCCCUACGCGGACACUGCUGACCGCCACUGUGUUACAUGAGGCAG